AUAAUAAUAUAAAUCAUAUUUCAGAGUUCCUCCAAGAUCAAAAUUUAACAUUAUUUGUAAAAAUGAUUGAUCGGUGGAAUGGAGUUGCUUACGGUAAUACACCAACGGACAAGAUUGUCUGUAUUUUCUUUGGUUAUACAAUUAUCAUCCUUCUGUGUGUAUGGUACUUAUCGAGGACAAGAAAUCCGUAUGGGCGUACUGUUGGACGCGCUGCUCAAAAAGUGUUGCGACAACAAGGCAUUGUAUUGAAGGUUGCAUUUUUUGUUGCUAUCGAGUUGUUAAUUUUUCCCAUCAUAUGUGGAAUCUUGUUGGAUCUCUCUACUUUACCGCUUUUCCCCGACGCCACUCCGACAUCUCGCUUAGAGUUUUACUUUGAAUCUCCUGUCACUUCAACGUUUCUUCAUUGGUUUACUGGCACCGCAUUCAUGUUUCAUUUUGCGGUGUUUGUUUCACUUUGUCGUGAAAUAGUUCGUACUGGUGUAAUGUGGUUCAUCCGUGAUCCAAAUGAUCCACAAUUCCAUCCUAUUAAAGAAAUUCUAGAAAGACCUGUCUGGACUCAGUUGAAAAAAAUUGGUGCAAGUGGUAUUAUGUACAGCGCAAUGAUUGUAUGUGGAUUAGGAAGUGUUAUAUAUUUCAUCAGAUAUGCCUUUAAUGGUAUCUUACCUUUACAAUGGUCGUUCACUGAACCUAUAUCAGAUUUUCCAGCUGAUCUUUUAGUAUUCCAUAUUAUUAUUCCUGUCACUGUCACAUUGGCGAAGCCUAAACGUUUGUUCCGCACAUUAUUUGAAAAUUGGUGGCAUAUUACUUCACAUCACCUUCGAUUGACAUCCUUCAUGUUUGGGGGACGCCAUUAUGAAGAAGAAGGUACACAUGUUCGAAAAACGUGGCGUGCCUUUUUCCUUUUUCUUAAGGCACCAAUUAUUGAUAAUAAUGCUAUUGAAAGUGACGAUGUUGUUUUCGUGAGAGAUGGUGGUUUCGUUCGUGCACCAAGUUAUGAUGCUGUACCUGUAGAACCUGGAAAACGAAUGUUAAUACCUGUUAAUGAGGACGGUACUUUGAUCGAUCCUAAUGACGCACCUGUUGGAGACGAUGAUCAACCGGGCUAUACCAUUGUCUACAUUCCUCCGAAUUUCAGAGCUAGGAUUAUCUUGUUUUUGUUUCUUAUGUGGUUUUGUG